AUGAGUUUAUUUACCCCAAAUAAGCAGGCCGGGAACGCAAGUGCUGGUAAUCCAACCUUCACAUUUGGUGCGGCUGGCAACUCUGGAGCAGCUGGGAAGGCUGCUAGUACACCAUUAUUUGGAUCGAAUGCUACCGGUGGUGGGAAUAAUACCCAAGAUGCUUCGAAAAGUGGAACAUCGACUUUUGCAUUUGGGAACGGCGGCGCAAACGCAGGCUCAGCAUUUUCACUUGGAGGUAAAAGUACUGGUAGCACGUUUUCAUUUGGAGCAGCGGAUAGUGGGGACAAGAGUAAACCUGGCUUCUCUUUCAAUCUGAAUAAUGAUAAUAAAACCCAGACUCCCAACUUUGGGUCAUCAUUGCCUGCUUCAGGUACUACCAUGGCAAAUGCGCCAGCUUUUGGGAACAGCCAACCAGCACUCUCGGGUGGUUUUGGGAAAACUGGUGAAUCUAAAGUGGACGGUGGUCUCUUCGGGAACAAAAACUCAAACAAUGCCUCUUUAACAUCCCUGGGGUCAAAUUCCACAUCAAGUGUCCCUCAGAUGAACUUCGGAGGCAAUAAAGACAGCGAGAAAACUCCUUCUUUCGGUUCGGUAGGAGAUAAACCGGAUGAUUCAAAAAAGACUGGUGGAUUCAGUUUUGGUAACAGUGGCCAAGCGUCUUUAACCGCCAACUUGGGCCAGCAAAAAGACUCAAGUAAGCCAGCAGCAUUUAGCUUUGGAAAAACGGGAACGAACGAUACUGGUAAAGACACUUCUGAGCAAGGUGGAACUGGAAGUACGUCAGUUUUCAGUUUUGGUGAUUCCAAGAAAGAUGAAAAAACUGUGCCAGCCUUUAACCUAGGGGGUAAUAAAGCUCCAUCACUUUCGUUUGGCGCUAACAAAAAUAGUACUACUCAGUUAGGUUCGACUAACCCAGCGUCUUUUAAUUUUGGUUCAAAUGCGUCAAAGCAGUCUUUAUUCUCGCAGGAUAAGAAAGAUCAAGCUCAAAGUUCAAACACUGUACCAUCUCUUCAAUCAGACUCGAAACAGGGCGAUGCUAAUCAAGCCAACUCAUUCAGCCUCAAUCUCAAAACCGGCGAAGAGAACGACAAUAGCCAAAAGCAAACCGAUAAAUCACCCUUCUCGUUUGGUGGUAAAACAAGCUCUACUAGCACAUCAGGUUUUUCUUUUGGAGCUAAAGCGGAUAACGAAACAAGUUCCUCUAAACCAGGAUUCUCAUUUGGCAACAAAGAAGCGAAGCCAACUGAGCCAAAUACCUUGUUUGGUGCUAAAGUUAAUGAUAAACCUCAAGAAUCUAAGCCAGCAAUCUCCUUUGGCGCAACGCCUGAUGAUAACACAAAGUCUACCCCAGGCUUUACAUUUGGUACUAAAUCAGAAGCUAAAGAUGAGAAGCCUACAUCUGCGCUGUCACUUAGUGGUGAACUGAAGGACAGCUCAAAGCCCGGAUUCUCAUUUGGCGCUAAGCCAGAAGAGAGUAAAGGCAAACCUCAGACGGGGUUCUCUUUUGGCACUAAGACAGAGGAGAAAAAGGACAAGCCUCAAGCUGGAUUUUCAUUUGGUGGCAAGCCGGAGGAAAACAAAGACAAACCUCAGACUGGAUUCUCAUUUGGUGCUAAGCCGGAGGGAAACAAAGACAAGCCUCAGACUGGAUUCUCAUUUGGUGCCAAGCCGGAAGAAGAUAAAGACAAAGCUCAAUCUGGGUUCUCUUUUGGUGGCAAGCCAGAUUCUGCUAAACAAACCGGAACUACAGGUACGAGUACUAACAAAACUGGUUCCAAGCAAUUUUCAUUUGGUGAAACCAAAAAAGAUGGACAAGAAAAGAGUAAUACGGGUACAGGAGGUUUUUCCUUUGGGGCUAAGAACGAUGCUUAUAAAAAGGAGGAAGAGAUCAAAGGUUCUGGAGUGGCUUCACAGACAAUUAAUUCUAAGAACAUCGAAACAGCUCCAGUAUCUUUAGACAACAAAACCUUGGAUGAUUUGAUCACUAAGUGGACUGAACAACUAUCUGGUACUGCAACUCAUUUCGACGAGUUUUCCAAGAAAGUCAAUCAAUGGGAUCAGGUGCUUGUCAAAGGUGGUGAACAAAUCAGCCAACUUUAUUCCGAGACUUUGACUGCUGAACAGAAUCAGAAUAGGAUCGACCAAUCGCUACAAUAUAUCGAAAGACAACAGGACGAGCUUGAAACGUUCUUGGACAAUUAUGAGCAGAAAGCUGAAUCCCUCCUCUCAGAUGUUCUUUCCUCGGCAGGUGGGAGAGCUGCUAAUAACAACGAUCAAAAGAGACAGCAAGCUUACCAUACAGCAGAGACACUGGACGAAAACCUCAACAGUCUAUCGUUGAAUCUUUCAUCGCUGAUUGCGGAGAUAAAUGAUGUCAGCAAUACAUUUAAUAAGGCGACAACAAUGAAUCUCGCAAAUAAAGAUGAGAACACUCAGCUGGUCAAACUGCUGAACUCGCAUUUGGAAGCAUUGAAAUCUUUAGACGACAGUUCAGCUGCACUUGAACACAAGAUCAAGUUGAUAAGUAAAUAA